AUGUGGAUGCUGCCACUGAUCGGCUACGCAGGCGCCAUCAUAGGCUUCUGCUUCCUGACGCUCGCCAUCGCCUCAGGCCUGUACUACCUGUCCGAGCUCGUGGAAGAGCACACCGUCAUCGCCAAGCGCCUGCUCACCCGCCUCAUCUACACCCUCAUCGGCGUCCAGGUCGCGCUGUGGCUGGUGGACGGAUUCCCCUUUGGCGCGACCAUGCUGGGCGUCUUUGCCCACGUCGUCUACCUGGGCAACAUGCGCAGGUUCCCGUUUGUCAAGCUGUCCGAUCCUCUGUUCUUGCUAUCAUGCGUCCUGGUCCUCGUCGACCACUACGUCUGGUUCCGACACUUCUCUGACGCCCAGACGCGCGCGUACCAGCGGCCCUCGUACUAUGACCAGGUCGACGUGCCGAGCUUCUCCAUGAUCGCGUCCUACUUUGGCCUCUGUGUAUGGCUGGUCCCGUUUGCGCUCUUCGUCAGCUUGUCGGCCGGCGAUAACGUGCUGCCCACCAUGGGCACCGAGCCGGUGCGCGGCGCCGACGGCCGGGCGAAGCCGCAGGGCAUGGUCAAGGCCGUCGUCGAUUACGUCCGGGGUGUGAUUGGCGAUGUUGCCGGGUCGAAUGCUUUGGGCCGGCCGUGA